GCAUGAUCAGUAUUGUGUCAUAUGACAUUGAUGCCAGGCGUGAGACAUCUGAGAGUGAGACAAGUUUUAUUGACGCCGUCUACAAAACAAAAGGGGAUUCGACUUUUUGUAAAGGAUGAGAUGCAGUAGACUGACCUUGUUUGGAGCUCGAUAAUUCACAGAGGAUGGAGUGUCGAGGACUGGUGUCUGCGAUAGCCGCCGCUUGUUUCUUAGGCCUGGUAGUGAGUCAAACCACACUCACGCCUGCUGUAAUGAACACCACUCCUGUGGAGAAUGUGACCAGUAUGACUCUAACUCCUGUGAUUCUCAGCAGCACAACUCUAAGCUGCUUUCCAUUCAACACUUCUGCUUGUGAGCCCUGUGCACCAGGAUCGCGAUACGACAACAACACCCUGCUGUGUACAUGCUGUUCUGACCCCGGACAGUGUCUAUCCCCUGAAGCCUGCCUGCCGUGCACCAGAGGAUUCCAUCAGCCACUAGCUGGACAGCAGCAGUGUCUGCCCUGCAGCCGGGGCUUUUACACUAAUUUCACUGGAAGUCUGUUCUGCCACCCCUGUCCUCCUGGAUCCUUCAACAAUAAUACUGGUGCAGACAGUUGCACAAGUUGUUCACCAGGCUUCUUUUCAUCACAGCAGAGUUCCACUUCAUGUACACCGUGUGCACUCGGGAAUUUUUGCAACUCGUCUGGUUGUAGUGAGUGCCAGAUGUGUCCCAGAGGAACAGAAGCUCUGCAGACUGCCGCUAAAAGCUGCACACCAUGUCGACCAGGUAUGCACAAGGGUCCCCAUCAUACUAUGUGUCAAAUCUGUGGAAGUGGCUUCUUCCAGAUACAGUGGGGCCAGGAAAGCUGUGAUAUCUGCCCAGAGAAUCACUACUGUCCUAGUCCAGAUAUAAACCCCAUUCUGUGUCCAAACGAUGCCUUCUGUCCAGCGGGCAGCUUGGCUCCAGGCUUCUGCAUGGAGACAUUCUUCCAUAAAGCAGGGGACACUUGUGAGCUGGCUCCUGUCACCAUUGCUCUAUUAGUUAUUGGAGGAGGGGUGGUUUUACUCCUCAUCAUUUUAAUAAUUCUACGUCGACGGAAAGAUGCUGAUAGAGAGCUGGCUGUAGCUCGAGCUCCAUUAUUAGGCAAAGACCGACCUCAACGUCAAUACUAUGAGAUCCCCGGUGAUGCAGAACCUGUAUAUGCUGGCUGGUGAACCAGAGGACCUCAGUUUAGCUUUAGCUCAGUGCUUGGUCAGGCAAAGCCAUCUAUGGUCUCCACUAAUCACAAAAGAACUGAUAGAGGAAGACUGGUAUUAAAUAAUGAGCUGUGCCUUAAGCAUACUUUGACAAUCCACCAGUUUUUUUGUGCGGGACAUUUGAAUAUAUUAUUGAGAAACAGAAGAAGUUCAUUUGUAUGUGAAAUCUUGUAGUUUGACACUGUUACAGUUGUUUCACCGAGAGAUAAACAGUUUUCUUUUGUAAACUAGGUUACUGGAUUAUAGAAGGUAUGCUAGAAUGGUGAAAAUGAAAUGCCUUGACAGGUUGGAGAUGUCUGUCUCUUUUGAAAAGCACUUUUUUUAAGCAAGGUAACUGAUUUCUGUUGCACUUGUGUUUGUGACUCCAUAAACACCGGUAGUUAUUCACUGAUGGAGAGUUGUACACUGUGGUUGGUGCCUUUUCUUUUCAUUUCAUUACAAUAAAUCAUGUUGUCUGUAGUGUAAGUGAUAUAUUUGCUUAAUGUUUUUCAUCUCACUUUUUAAGGUUGUAUUUAUAUAUAUUUUUUUAAAGAAAUGAAAUAAAAGUGAUGAAC